UACAAUUUGCCGUUUAAAUGUUUUUCGCUACUGACGUGAGCUGCAUUAAAUAUCAUAUUUCUUGUAACACGAUUGCUGGCUAGCUUAAUAGCUUGGGUUAGCAGGCUCGCUAACGUUGAAUGAUUAUAGCUUCGUCGUUGGCUCUCGCCUACCAGGAUAGCUAAUCCAGGGCGGCAGUUAUACAGCCUUACCUCGUAUGAACCUGUUUUCUAGACAAGAUCAUAUGAUAGCAGGCUGCGUGUUGCUAAUUCGCCAGCAAACAUUCGCUAUACGCUUCAACGACGGUUUUGAGGAAUACGCCAGCCUGCUCUGUUUCCUGGUUCAUGAUGGCGAACGGUCUCGUGAAGGCCAUCUGCCUGCUGGGCGUGGUUGCCAUGGCGAUGCUCCCCAGCUGCCGGCCGGAGGAUCCGCCGCGCCUCCUGCUGGUGUCCUUCGACGGUUUCCGCUGGGACUACGUCCAGCGCGUGGCCACGCCCAACUUCCACGCCCUGAUGGAGGAGGGGGUGCGGGUGGAGCAGGUGGAGAGCGCCUACAUCACCAAGACGUUCCCGGACCACUACACCCUGGUGACCGGGCUGUACACGGAGAGCCACGGCAUCGUGGCCAACGAGAUGUACGACCCCGACCUCAACCUGACCUUCAGCAUGGACCACCCCAGCGCCCGCGACCCUCGCUGGUGGGACGGGGCGGAGCCGCUGUGGGCCACCAAUCAGAGGGCGGGGCACGGGAGCGGCGCCGCCAUGUGGCCCGGCACGGACGUGGAGAUCCGCGGGACCUACCCCACCCACUUCCUGCCCUACAACGCCUCGGUGGGGUUCGAGGCCCGGGUGCGGAGCCUGGUGGGGUGGUUCGCGCGGGACCCGUCCGUGCGCCUUGGGCUGCUGUACUGGGAGGAGCCUGACGUCAGCGGCCACGCCUUCGGGCCCGACAGCUCGCUCAUGGACGCCGUCAUCGCCGACGUCGACGCCAAGCUGGGCUUCCUGCGGCGGGAGCUGCAGAGGGCGGGGCUGUACGAGCGGCUCAACCUGGUCGUCACUAGCGACCACGGCAUGGCUCAGAUGUCCGGUGAGAGGGUGGUGGAGCUGGACGCGUACCUGAGCCGGGACGCCUACACCUGGAUCGACAAGAGCCCCGUGGUGGGCAUCCUGCCCCAGGAAGGGAAGCUGGAGGAGGUGUACCGCUCCCUGGCCCACGCCCACCCCAGCCUGCACGUGUACAGGAAGGAGGAGAUCCCCGAGCGCUUCCACUACCAGCACAACGACCGCAUCAUGCCCAUCAUCGUCGCCGCUGAGGAAGGCUGGACCAUCGUGCAGAACAAGAGCGACGGCCUCAUGCUGGGUAACCAUGGUUACGACAACACCUUACCCAGCAUGCACCCCGUGUUUGUGGCCCGAGGUCCCGCCUUCCGCCGGGCCUACAGCAAGGCGUCGGCGCGUGCGGUCGACCUGUACCCGCUCAUGUGCCACAUCCUGGCCCUGCCGCCCGCGCCAAACAACGGCUCAUUGGCCAACGUGCGGGACCUGCUGCGCGAAGCCUCGCCCCCCACGCAGGCCCCGCCCCCCGUCCCGGAGCCCACCUACGCCCGGGUUCUGGGCUCCCUGCUGGGCGUGGUCUUGGUGCUCGGCUUCCUACUGGUCUUCCUGAAGUAUGUGACCCUCCGGCAGCUUCCGGCCACGCCCACCGGCAACCCUGAAAUCGCCAGGCCCCUCCUGCAGGACCACCUGGAGAUUUAACCUACCCUCAGGCCCCUAGUCUCGUGUGUGUGUGUGUGUGUGUGUGUGUGACUGCGAGUGCGAGUGUGUGUGUGAGACAGUGUGCGUCAGUGUGUCAGUGUG